AUGAGCUCCGUCAGUGAGAUGUCUAUUAAAAAAGAUGCCUGCAGUCCAGAAAACAGGGAAAAUUCUGCCAGGAGGCGCUUUGGCCGUGGGUUCCAGAACGGAGCAAACGUAGCCCCUGACCAGAGGCUGUUGCGAAGCCGCAAAGACAAAGGUAGUCUUUUAGGCUCUGAGAGUCUCCUCUGCAAGUCACCUUCACAGACAGAUGAGAUGGAGGGAAGGUCAGUAAUUUGGGGCUGUGAAGGUCGGCCUGGCACCCCAGUGGAUGUCCCAAUAGAUGUUCUGGAGUAUGUGCCUCAACAGAAUGUGGAGUGUAUAAAAUUCUGGCAGUGCUUUCCCAAGAGGGAUGCCUGGGUUGUUCGUAGACAAAGGUCUGUGCAAAGCAGUGGCAUUAAACAGCAUGCCAGUUGUGGUAGCAGAGAGGCUGGUCCCAGCAGGAGAGGUGCACGGGCCAAAAGCUGUGUGGAAGCAAAGCAGGUCUCUGCUGGCCCUCUGUACCGAAGAGGGGCUGGGAGAGGCCUAACCUGGGUGACACCAAGACAGCACACUCCAAGCAAAGUGAUGGAUGUGCAACAUCUUUCCUCCGACUGCGAGUCUUCAUAUGAGUCAACUGAAAUACCAAUAAUUAGAGUGACCAUUUCCAUCAAAGAGAAAGACCAGGUCAAGACCAGCAGCGCCACGGAGCUGGGAGGAGACACAGCUAAACAGUCAAAUGCCAGUGGCGGGGAAAGUUUUGUCCAUAAGUCAGCCCCUCUGCUGACCACUGCUUCCCAAGGACUCGCGUCAGGCACAGAAAAGCAGGCUUCUAGCAAAGUAGAGCCCCUUUUCUGUAAGAAAAAGCAAAGUGUGAUUUGGGGAAAGGCAGGAAGCAGGCGCAGCCACCCAAGAAGUGCUACUGCUGCUGCAGCACCUGCAGGCCGCCUGAACAAGGCCAGUGCAACGAAGAAGCCUGCCCAGGAGAGGAAACCGCUGUAUGAGGUCCCAGGUGUCAUCCUGGGAAGCAGUUUUCCUCCGUGGGGGCAGAGAAUCAAGUCAGUUCCUGUGGAACCAUCCACCUUCCCUCCAGUCACUGGUGUUGCAUUAUUUGGGAAAACCACUAGAUGCCCUUUGGUGCCUUUGGAACCCAAACGUUGUACUGGGAAGAGAUCCGUGGGGAAGAAGACAAAGGAGCCCCUGCCAGCAGCCAGAGAAGAAGCUGAGCCCGCCAAAGAGCCUGCCCUGCAGCCCCAGAGUGUGGAAAAACCUGCCGUGUUCAUGCAUCCUGGAGAUUUCAGCAGUGGCGACCGCACCACCAGGGCCACCCAAACUCCAGGAAACUCUCAGCGCCUGGCACUGAGCCAGAGAGGCAUCCGGUCCAACUCCCCCACAUCCUCUGGUCUUGGUACCGAAAGUUCCCGUACAAAGGCACCACCACUUCCUGCAGGUCUCGACCAGGACAAAUUUCCUCCUGCCAUCCCAGAGAGGACCAAAAAGCGAAAGCAGAAGGUGAAGUCAAAUACUACAGCAGAUGAAAGUCCAGUUUAA